GGACCAGGAAUGGGAUUCGGAAUGGGACCCGGAAUGGGAUUCGGGAUGGGACCGGGAAUGGGACCAGGAAUGGGACCAGGAAUGUUCGGAGGACAAGGGAGAUUUGGAGGAAGAAUGUGGGGAAGAGGGCGAUGCAGACAUAGCUUUGGAAGACACCGUUUUGGGAGAAGGGGAAUGGCUGGUGGAUUCGGAGGAAUGCCGCAUGGAAUGUUCGGAGGUGGACCGCCAAUGCCACCGCCGGGAAUGUUUGGAGGUGGACCGCCAAUGCCAGGAAUGUUUGGAGGUGGGCCGCCACUAGGGUUCUUUUGA